CAGCCGACGUACAGUGACGCCUCCCUUCUCCUCAUUUAUUAAUCUUCAGUUGUUGGUCUUCUAACAUCAUUAAUUACGCACCAAUCACCCACCUCCCCAUAUAUAUAUAAUUUCUUUCCGUUUCCCAAACAGAUUUACAUUGAACAAUAAGAAGAAGAAGAAGAAGAAGAAGAAGAAGAAAGAAUCAACGUCAUCAUCGUCGUCUAGGAGACAAAACGGUGUGAAAGGCAAAAGUACUCCAAAUGCAAGAAGCAAAUUCUGAACUUUCGGUCUGUCCCAGCUUCAGCAGCUAUUCUUCUGAUGGACUCACAGACAUAGCUGCUCAAGUAACUCGCAGCGAGUUUGGAGGUGGAGGGGACUGGCGACGACAAGUUGGUGAUGAUUUUCAGGGUGAAGAAUUCGGGGAGUUGGACAACGAGGACGAUUUCGAAUUCGUUUCAGUUUCUAAGGCCGACGAUGUGGUCGUCCUCGAAGGCCAGUUCGGUCCGGUAUUCCCGAUAUUCAAUCGCGACUUUCUAGUACCGGAGAAAAUUCAACUGCAAACCAACUUCGCCUACGAUCCGGAGAAGGAAGAGGGUCACGAGGCACUGUCUCUCCAGGUUCCGUUAAAGAAGCUGUUCGUCGAGGAAAGCGAUCCCAGCCCCAGGUUUUCGACAUCGUCGGAGGAAGAUGUGGAGGCUGAGCUUAAUGGGGUUCCUCCGGGAACUUACUGUAUUUGGACCCCGAAUAAUAAUAGCAACAACAAUUCUGCCAAAGCCUCACCCAGCAUCAAAUGCAAGAAAAGCAGUUCCACAGGUACUGGAUCGUCUUCUGCAUCAAAACGCUGGAGGCUGCUCAGCUUGCUUCGCAGGUGCAACAGCGAAGGCAAGGACAGGUUGGUAUUCUUGACGCCGAAGAAGGAAGAGAUCAAAACCGAGAAGACGGAUUCGAAGGAAAAGAAGGUGAAGAAGGUGGCGAGGGAAACGAUGCCGUCGGCGCACGAGGUGUUUUACGUGAGGAACAGGGCGAUGAAAGAGGGGGACAAGAGGCGGACAUACCUGCCAUACAGGCAAGACUUGGUCGGGUUCUGGACUAGCAUGGGGACUUUGGGCAGGAACUUGCCUCCUUUCUGAGGUUUUCCGGAUCGAUCCUCUGGAUCGAGUUUUGAUUGACCCGUUUAUUUUUUGGGGGAGGGUUUAUUUAGUAAUAUAUUAGUUUCUACAAUUAAUUUUAUAUUGAGAGGUUCAGCAGGUAAUUUUAUGAAAUAUGAUUGCUUGCUUGCCCGGCCAGGGAGAAGAAGAAGAAGAAGAAGAAGAGAUCAGCCAUGGAAUUAAUGGGCAUGAUCGGGUUUUUACAUGAUUUAUGUAAAUAAUUACUUCAUUUGUCAAUAAGUUUUCACGAUAUAUUUUCGUGUACAAUGUGAACUUUACAUGCACGUUGAUUUCCUAUAUAUAAUUUCCGUAAUUAUUUUU